AAAAACGUUUGAGAUAAUAAAUGAUGAUAACGUAGUAAGCCACCUUCACCAUCUUCUUCUCUCUGGACACUUUACCAGCGGGGUUUAUCCAGGUUUCCGUCUCUGUCCGCCAUGGCGAAGCCAACCCGAGCCCGUCGCUCGCCGUCAGGCUCCGCAUCCGGCUCAUCCUCCCGCUCCCGCUCGCGUUCCCGCUCCUUCUCAGGCUCCGACUCCCACUCCAGCCCGCUUUCUCGCUCCCGAUCUCGCUCCAGGUCCUUCACCUCUUCCUCCUCUCCGUCUCGGAGUGGCAGCUCUCGCAGCCGUAGCCCCCCUGCCUCCAGAAAAAAUCCUGAAGUUGCUAAACGAGGUCGUUCUCCACCGCCACAAUCUAAAAGGGCAUCUCCACCCCCAAGGAAAGCUUCUCCAGUUCAUGCAGUUCAUGAGUCACUUGUUCUUCACAUUGACGCACUAACAAGGAAUGUGCAUGAAGGCCAUUUACGAGAAAUAUUCUGUAACUUUGGUGAAGUUGUCAAUGUGGAGCUGGCAAUGGAUCGUACUGUUAAUCUUCCAAAAGGAUUUGGAUAUGUUGAGUUCAAAAUACGAGCAGAUGCUGAAAAAGCACAAUUAUACAUGGACGGUGCUCAAAUUGAUGGUAAUGUCGUUCGAGCAAAGUUUACAUUACCUCAACGUCAGAAGGUGUCUUCUCCCCCUAAGCCUGUUGCCACUGCUCCAAAGAGAGACACUGUGAAAACUGAUGGUGUCAGUGCUGACAAAGAUGCACCAAAGCGACCGAGGGAAGCUUCUCCUCGUCGGAGAGGUGCUCUCUCACCACGAAGGAGAUCACCUGUAUCUCGAAGAGGUGAAUCUCUAAGACGAGCAUUAGAUUCUCCACCGCGUCGUCAUGCUGCCUCACCUGCGCGUCCCUACUGCCGUGGUGGUUCACCUCCAAGGAGGAGGCUUGCAUCUCCAUCCAGAGGUCGUUCUGGAUCACCGCCACCAAGGCGACGUUCCCCUAUUAGAAGGAUACAAGGAAGUCCCAUUCGUAGACGCUCUCCAGGACCCCCAAGGCGUGGUUCACCUACUAGACGGUUUCGUAGCCCUCCCAGAAGGUCUCCAAUUCGUAGGCGGACCCGUUCUCCCAUUCGUAGGCCUGGUCGAUCACGUUCAAGGUCAAUCUCGCCGCGGAGAGGUCGAGCACCGGCUACUAGACGUGGGAGGUCAUCGUCAUCUGGAUCACCUAGUCCACGACAGGUACCCCGAAAAAUCUCUCAUAGUCCAAGAAGGCCUUUGAGGGGAAGAAGCAGUAGCAAGAGCAGCAGCAGCAGUUCACCCCCUCGUAAGCCAUAGCUUUAGCUUGUUCUGAUGGCGGGCACUUCAUGUAGGUCUUUAAGGGAAGCAGUAGCAGUUCACCCUCGUAGACCAUUCAUAGUUCACCCGCUCCUGUCCUCUCUCUGUCCCUUCCCCACCCUCUUUUACUUAGUUGCCAUGAGUAAGAAGCACAAAAUUCUCAAGAGUGACGGACAUACUCGGAGUUGAUAUUACCAUUUGGGUUGCUUAUGAGUAGAAAGGAUCAAGUUGUGUUAUUUUGAGCUUUUAAAACUUUUUCCGGUGCUUCGCUUUUUUAAUUCCAUGACUGUAACACAACAAUGUGGGAACGAAGGAUGUUGCUUGAUAUUGCACAUCUGGUCAAUUUAUUGUAAAAACAAGCAAUUCUUUGUAAUGGGACCAAAAGUUAUUUCACUUGUCUUUGUACCA